AAAAUUGAGGGCUAAACUAAACUCCGCCCACACGAUAGACAGACAGUGAGAGAGAGAAAGGAGGGCAGAGGGAUUUAGGGUUUUAUCUUUCACGUUCAAUGGAAGAAAUUACAGAGGGAGUGAACAACAUCAACAUAGGCGUAGACCCUAGCAAGAGGAAUCGGAUUCAGGUCUCGAACACCAAGAAGCCCCUGUUCUUCUAUGUUAAUCUCGCUAAGAGGUAUAUGCAGCAAUACAACGAGGUUGAGCUUUCUGCCCUUGGAAUGGCUAUUGCCACAGUCGUCACUGUUGCUGAAAUUCUGAAAAACAAUGGAUUGGCUAUUGAGAAGAAGAUCACGACCUCUACUGUUGAUAUAAAGGAUGAUUCAAGAAUGCGGCCUGUUCAAAAAGCCAAGAUUGAGAUAGUGUUGGGGAAGACUGAAAACUUUGAUGAUUUGAUGGCCGCUGCUGCAGAGGAGAGGGAAUUCGGUGUUGCUGAAGAGCAGAGCUAAAAGCAAUGCGUGGGGAUUUCUUGCAAACGGUUUUUGUUUGUUCGAGCUCGCACUGUUGAAUGGACUUCUAUUAGUUAAUUCAAGUUAUUUUGUUCUUUAUUGGGUUAACUAGUGAAUUUUAUUAUAGGAGCUUCGUCGUCAUGUCUACUUGCCUCAGAGUCUGAUUUUGUUACCAGAUUCUUGGGGUUCUAAUCUUCGCAUUGUUGUUUAACGUUAUGAAUUAUUAGGUGGAGUAUUAUUGCUGUUGAUUUGAGUCUUGUAUUUCCUAUUAAUGUAAUAUUGGAAGCAAGUUUGCUGCUG